AUGGAUAUCUCUCAACACCCGAGCUCUACCGGUCAUAAUGGCCCGGGUGGUGUAAGUAUCCCUUCGUUACAAGACUUUGUGGAUAAUAUUUCGCUAAAAAUGGCAUCCAAGACCCAUAACGACAGGACGGAUCUUGAAGAGUCGAUGCCCUCUACUCUCCUUCCCUGCCUUGUUUUUCUCGAAGCCACCGCCCUAAGUCGACACACCAAUGGCAAUAUCCUCGAAUUCGGUAAACUCGCGACUGAUCAACUCGAGUUCAAACUCAGGCUCGUUGCGCAUCCCGCUAUGUACCGCAUGAUCAAUCUGAGCAUGUACCGCAAUAAUAAAUUCGGAAAGAAUGGCAAGAAAACUACCUGGGUUGCUGGAAUGGACUUUUACUUCCAAUCUAUCUCGCGUGUGUCUUGCACAAGACUGUCACAGGAUGGUACCACAUCUUAUCUCAACCAAAUCUUCAAUCCCUUCGAUCUCUACGAAAGUCCGAUACAGGCGUCAUCGGGCUCGCUUCGCCUAUCAUUUCAAUUCUCUAGAGCACUCCUGUAUUACGAAGAGGUUCGACUAGUAGGCGAGACGGAGAAGCAGCAAAUUCAACAGCUUCGGGAAUUCGCCGAUUCGGUCAGUACCGACACUCCUCGUGAGAUUACCUUUUUAGUUGCCGAAGACCCAGGUGUUGCUAGAGAGAAAUUUCCCGACCUUCUACAAGAUAUCGUCGCAAUUCAGCCUGGCAACUGCUUGGCGAAAGAACCAAGCCACCUCAAUGUCUUCAAAGCCAUUUCCCUAGUUUCGGGCAUGGUAUCAGAUCCGCUCGCUCCUUGGUUCGCCCGUUCUCCGGGGGAAGGGGUUAUCAACAUCCGUAAUAUCCUUGGGGCUGGUGAGGAAUAUACCCACCAAAGUAUCAGGAACAUUGUCAGACCCCCUAUUCCCGCUAUGGAGCCCUUCGUCAAAUUCUUUGACGACCGGCAGUUCAAGAUUACCCAGGCCUACGGUACUAUCGACAAUGCAAUUCAUACUCGAAUUCUUAGCGAUAGGACGGCGCCGCAAGAGUUUCAAUGCCACAUACUCGUUCUGCCGGAGAACCUCGACGCGUUAGACAACCCUACAACUGUCGCUGUCGCCGUCCGCGUAGGUCCCGGCUCCGCUCGCCUCCCGAGCUCAGCUACCGAAUGUGAAAUUCGGGUUUUAGGGGUUGAGCGCACCAAGAACCCAUCAUACGACGUCGACAUAGCUAAAGAACUACCCGAAGUGCUGGGCGGGAUUGCGCGUGAAAGUUUUGACGAAACGUCAGCAGCAAAUCCCGAAGACUUUGUCAAUUAUUGCAAUGUGAUCAACGAUGCAGAACGAAUAGGUGCUGAGAAGGUUAAGGCUAUACGUACAGAGCUAGAAGAAAUUCAUUCAAGGUUCUGGGUGUCCGGGGAUACGGUGGACAUCCUAGAUCUAAGAGAAUUCGUCGCGAAGCACAAGCACUAUCUGCGUAUGCCCCAAGUAAAGGAUAAGACUCUAGAACGCAAGCUUGCAACGUGGAAUGCUAGAGCAACCGAUACCAUCUUUCUUCUUCUCGGAAGUAGAUUUAGGGUAUUCUUCGCAAAGAUCCCGUUCGAGCCAUAG